UCUACAGAAACCUGCUGUGACACAGUUACUUAAUGAUCUGAAGCGGAGGAAUCCGCCGCCAUUGAACACAUCACCCCAGCUCCUGAAGGUCACGUGGCGUUGUGUUGACAGUGAGACGGGAAGGAAAGAUGGCGGCGCGGUGGAGUAGCGAGACUGUGGUGGUGGAGUUUCGGGACGCUCAGGCCACCGCCAUGUCCGUGGACUGCCUGGGCUCCCACGCCGUGCUGUCUGGCCGGCGCUCCCUCUACCUGGUGAACCUGGACGCUCCGUCUGAGCCGUCCCGUAAGAUGGGUCGCCACAGUAAGUGGGACGUGGGGACGGUCCAGUGGAACCCGCACCGGUCCCAGGCUCACAUCUUCGCCGCCUCGAGCAACCAGCGAGUGGACCUGUACUCCUGGAGGGAUGGCUGUGGAGAGACUCACACGUCCCUGCAGGGACACACCCGGGUCAUCAGCGACCUGGACUGGUCCUGGUUCGACCCGGAGCUGCUGGUGUCCAGCUCAGUGGACACCUACAUCUACAUCUGGGACACCAGGGACACUCGGAAACCCACAGUGGCACUGUCUGCUGUUGCCGGAGCCGCCCAGGUGAAGUGGAACCGGAGGAACCCACACCUGCUGGCGUCCAGCCAUGACGGAGAUGUCCGCAUCUGGGACAAGAGGAAACCCAACACGGCGGUGGAGUACCUGGCCGCUCACCUGUCCAAGAUCCACGGCCUGGACUGGCACCGAGACAACGAGUUCGUCUUCGCCACGUCCAGCCAAGACAACUCCGUCAGGUUCUGGGACUACCGGCAGCCCAGGAAGUACCUGAGCGUCCUGUCCUGCCAGGUGCCGGUGUGGAAGGCCCGUUACACGCCGUUCUCCAGCGGUCUCGUCACCGUCAUGGUCCCUCAGCUGCGGCGGGAGAAUAGUCUCCUGCUGUGGAGCAUUCUGGACCUCAACAGUCCCGUCCACGCCUUUGUUGGACAUGAUGACGUCGUCCUGGAGUUCCAGUGGCGUCCCCAGAAGGAAGGGUCCAGGGACUUCCAGCUGGUGACCUGGUCCCGAGAUCAGACGCUACGGAUCUGGAGGGUGGAACCUCAGCUGCAGAAGCUGUGCGUCAGCGACCUGGUGGACGAGCUGAUGGAUGACGUGUCCAUCGCCGUGGAGACGGAGAAGUCCCUGGGCACACAGCAGGGCGGGGAUCCAGCUUCGGACGGCCCGCAGGGUCAGUCGGUGAGCCGUCCGGAUCCGACCGCCGGUUCUGGUCUGGCCCAGACUCUGCAGCAGGAGUUCUCCCUGGUCAACCUGCAGAUCCGGAAUGUCAACGUAGAGAUGGACGCCCGGAACCGGAGCUGCGUGGUGUCGGCCCACUUCGGCGGCCAGCGGGUCCACCUGGUGGUCAACUUUCCGGUCCAGUACCCCAACAACGCCGCGCCCUCCUUCCAGUUCGUCGCCCCGACGACCAUCCCCUCCGCCAUGAAGACCAAGAUCCAGAAGGUCCUGAUGGACACGUCUCUGCAGAAGGUGAAGCGGAACCAGAACUGCCUGGAGCCGUGCGUCCGGCAGCUCGUCUCCUGCCUGGAGUCAGACAUGACCCAGGAGGACGGUCCGGCGUCCGGCCCGUUUGUCCUGUCCAAUCCCGUGGCUCCGUCCCUGCAGGCGUUUCCCCGGGUCACCAACACCUACGGCUCCUACCAGGACGCCAACAUCCCGUUCCCCCGGACCUCCGGAGCCCGGUUCUGUGGUACCGGCUGCCUGGUCUACUUCACCCGACCGAUCACCAUGCACCGCUCGGCCCCGCCCACAGAGCCCACACCCAGGUCCCUGUCGGCGCUGUCCGCCUACCACAGCGGGGUUCUGACCCCGAUGAAGAUGCGCUCCGAGUCCCAGAACACGCUGCGGCUCUACAGCGGCAGCCCGACCCGGUCCGACAAGGACACUGUCUCCAUCUCCUCCUUCUACUACAAGGAGCGGGUGAGACUCACACACACACACACACACACACACACACACACGCACACACGCACAUGUUUGUGUUGCUAUCUUU